AUGAUCGACCCGUUCAGCGUCGGUUUUGCCUUCUCUGGCAUCAUGGCCAUCCUGAUGGCCGUGUGUAGCGGAGGCAACUUCGUCUACGAAUUCCUCAGCGAGCAACUCCUCUAUUGGAGAAUCACCGACCUUCUCUUCUCCAUCGCCUUCGCGUGGUUCUUCACACACACCCUCAUCGCAGGGUUCUAUUUCUAUCUGGCAUUCAUCAACCCAAUGAUUGGUACUUACGUGCCUUUCUUGAGAAUCUCGGACGAAACCACUGAAAAGGCGAAUGAGCUUUUACAACACUACGCAGCCUACAAUCUCAUCCCAUACGGAUCUAACGCCGUAUCCUCUCUCGUGACCGCGGGUGUUUUCAUCCUGCAGGCAGUCUACGGACUGAAGCACUUCGCCGCCGACGCCUACUUUGGGAUCGGCCGAGUUCUGUCAUCUCGUCAACCAGCCAUCAUCCGUACCAGCAAGCAAAUUCCCACUCCUCAGCCACCUACGGAUCGGAAAGUUCCUGUAUUUGUACCAGCUCCAUCCGAAGUCAACCGCUGCACCCGGAAGAAGGAUGCUUGCGAUGGAAUUCGAGAACGUCUCUCUCAGUCGUUGAAGCAAGGCAAUCUGUACGCGUUUGAGUUGAGCAAACUUGACGAGAACGAGCUGGACCUACGGGCAGCUCUGAAGAUAGAACAACAACGCAAUCGCUACGUCAUCAACACUCUCAAUCAGGCCAAGUUGCAGCUCUCUGAGCACCAGGAAGACAGUAACACGAUCGAAAGACUGCAGCAAGAACUGGAAGGGAUGAAGAAGCAGGUCGAGGAGGCCGAAUACCGAGCCAAAGACGCUGAAGGCUGCCUCAGAAGUGCAAACAGCUACGCCGAUAGCAUUACGGAGAGAAAGAAUUCUCAGAUCCAGAAACUCCAGACGAUUUUCCGCGAAUACGUCCUCAGCAAGAGGGACGAGCUUGGCGGACUAUACAACGAGGUCAAGGCACUGAAGCGUGAUCGCAGCAGUCCAGACAGUAAAGCCCUUCAAGAAAAGUUGGAGGCUCAGGCGGCCAAAAACGGAGUCACCAUUACCGAGAAAGAGGCAAGAAUUACGACGUUGGAGGCAGAAGUAACCGCUCUGAAGGCGGCCCAGGAGGAGAAGGAGAAGAUGUUGGAUGAUGUCAAGACCGACAACGAGAACAUGUCUCGAGACCUUCAAGCCAUGGAGAUGCAGGUCAGAGAAACCAAGACUGCUGCAGCGACAGGCCACGAGUUGGCUAUAAUCACCAAAGACUCCAAUGUCAUCAACGAACUUGAGGAAAAGCUGGCCGCGACCAAGGCAGCCCUUUCAUUCGCCCAGUCUUCGGCCGCUUUUGAGCUAUCAAUCAAGCGGAGGGAGGCAAAGGACCAGCAAGCCGAUCAUCGCGAUACCGAAAGGAGGAUGGCGGCGAUCAUUAACGAGCUACGCGGGGAGUUGACCAAUGUGAAGGCCCAAGCCGAGACCACCAUUGAAUCCCACGCCUCCCAGCUCAGAGAGGCAGCAGAGUUCAAAUUGGAGGCUGAGCGCAUCGUUGCUGGCCUGCGCGACCAAGCAGAGCAGAUGCGCCAAGACAACGAGGCCUUCAGAGAGCAGGCGCAGCAUAUGGCUGACCAGGACCCUCGCAUUGCGCUGCUGCAGCAAGAACGAGAUGCCGCGAUCGAGAACAACCGGCGCAUAGAGGAAGCAGCAACGGCAGCAGUCCACGAGAAGGAGGAGCAAGUCGCCAAGUUGGAGACUGACCUGCGUACUAUUCGCAAGGAGAAGGAGGAAGGCGACGCGGAUGCCGACAAACUCAUGGAGGAUUUUGUCGAAGAAGUAGAGAAGCACGAGGAGACGCUCAAGUCAGAGAAGGCUGCUCGAGAACUCGUCAUUGAGCUGAAGGAGGCCGCCCAAGAUCAACUUGCCGAACAAGAGAGCCUGAAGGCGGAGAUUGACCAGCUCAACGAAGAGUAUAACAAAUUGGCAGUGUCGAAGAGAGAGUUCGCCGACCAGGAGCUGCUCAAUUCCAACCUGGCCAGGAAGAGCAAGAAGAAGGAACUUGCAACCAAGGAUGGCAUCAUCGACCUUAUUAAAAAGGCCCACGAGAGCGUCAUGGCCAAAAAGGACGCUGAGAUUGCGCGCCUCGAUGCGGAGUCUAAGAAAUACAAGACGCGCUACUCCAGCGGCUGCGACAGCAACACAAAACUGCGCGACAAGACCGAGCAGGCUCGAAAGGACCUCAAGCUCUUGGCCGCCACGAUCAGGGACCUCGAGAACCGGGCCAAGAACCCCACCAAGCACCGAUCCGCGCUCACGGCGUUGGAAAGCGGAACUGCCACCAAAGUAGUGGAGCAGAUUGAGCAGGGCGAGCAUCUGCUUUUCAGGAGCUCGUCCCCCAUUCGCGCUACAAAGGGAGGAAAUGUCGCUCAGGGAAGCAAGGACGCGAAGCCGAAGCGAGAGAUUUUGCCCUUGAGAAGACGGGCUGCACAGCUUCCGCAGAAUGCGGAGACUCCUGAGGCGGAGAUGGAGGAGUGA